AACAGAGAAGCCAUCUGACGGUCUCCCCGUUCUGCCUGGCGUUUGAUUGAUUGGGCCAGCCCUGGAAUCCACUGAGACCGGAACAGACAAGCUGUUAAUAAGCUUCGACGGGAGCCGGUUCUCUCAACCCAACUGCCUGUUCUAGGCACGCCGGUUCACUGAUCCUAGCGAAUCCCUCAGAGUCUUCCCCUAGAGGAUGAACACAAGGCUCCAGGAUAGACAUUCCUGAUUAGCCCUCGCUGUCAUCAUCAUGCACCGAUCAAGCUUGGCAGACGCUCCUCUGCUAAAGGUCUCCCGGCCGGUGUCUGCGUGCUCAAGAUGCCGUCUAGCUAAAGUCAAGUGCGACAACAAGCUACCCGCAUGUACAGCUUGUGAAAGGGCUGGCCGUGAGAAGGAGUGCACAGCGGCUAAUGACCAGUUUGCCCGCGGAAAGGAAAGAAGCUAUGUCGCGGCGUUGGAGCUCAGGAUAGAGAAGCUAGAGAGGAGACUCUCUUACGCUCGGUCAACGAAGGCCUCAGUAGCGCUGCAUGGACCGGAUGAACCUCCCGCUGCUGAUCCGAGCCGCAAAGACUCUUUGGCAUUCAUCCGGGCUGCCAUUCACCGGAAGGCUGCCCGCACGCAAGAAAACGCUGACAUCAACGCCUUGGUUUCCGACUUUGGCUACUUAGCCGUGAAUACCACCACCCGGGACUUUGAGCCGUCCGAGUCGAACAUGACCUUUGCACGCCUCGUCCUGGCAGCCUCCAUCAAUGACCCCGUCCCAGAGGCCAAAACCACCAACCUCCCGCCAGAAUCGACCGCGAGAGCCAUUGUGCAGUUCUAUGAAACCAACAUCUUAACUCUCUACCCUGCGUUCCCGGGAGCCUCACUUCAUGCGUUGGUCAGUGACCUCUAUCAGGAACUUCCACGGCCCAUCCGGAGCUCAGAAUAUUGGAUGUUCUGGAUGGUACUAGCCAUUGGGUCCGCCGCACAGAGCCGAAGUCUGGAGGACGAGCAUUACCGGAAUGCUGUCGAGUUCGUUGCACGGGCAUUGCCACAUGCCGACAGGGCUCUGAAGCCUGGCUAUGUGACCCAGGUCCAGUCCCUGUUGCUUCUCACGCAAUAUGCAAUGCUCGAUCCAGCUCACUUUGACAGUUGGCACCCGAUCGGCUUUACCUGCCGAGCCGUUGUCGACCAGGGCCUACAUCAAGAUCCGCCCCAUGCGCAGCAGUUGGACCAAAAUACGCUGGAUGCGCGACGCAGGACCUUCUACUGUGUAUACGCUCUGGACAGGGCAAUAAGCAUGGUCCAUGCCCGCGCCUUCUCGUUUUACGAUGAUGCCGUCUCCGUGGCUCUUCCAUCCCCGGGGCGAGCGGUAAAUGCCCUCUCCAGCGGCGGCCCUAUUGCCAAGAAAGCCUCCGAUGCAUCUGUUCCUCUUUUCAGGCUGCGGCAACUGCAAUCGGGCUGGUAUCAGGCGCUCUACCAGGAUAAUCCAUCUGAAGCCCUGCCGGACGCCACCUCAUUCAUCUGGCGAAAGUACUUCGAGAUGUGGGAGUGGUCCGAGAGCCUCUCAGCCAACAUACCGGCUGCCAUCCGGGAAAUGCUCGACCUGGAGCUGCGCUACAGCUAUGUUUAUUGCAUCGCUUCCAGCGUCAGAGGCGCACAGGUCACCGCGUACGGGAGGUUCUUGAUCUUCGAACACGUUAUUGCGUACAUUGACAGGAUCUACGACAUCGUCAAUCUAUCAACAAACGCGGCCUUCUAUACCUACCAUGACGCUCUACGAGUCUUCUUCAUGGGGUCGCAGUUCUCUGCCGUGCUACAAGAUGCACGCGACCUACUAAUCUCGGGGUCGCCUAUUUCUCCGCCCCUCUCCGCACCGGGAACGGUGAAGCCUCCGCCGCCGCCGGUGAGACUUGACCGUGGCGCGGGCGACAACUUGGAUCGCAGCCUGCGGUGUUUGGAAAGAGUCAAGCUUACCUUGAAACUGUACGGCAACAGGUGGGGGAGUGCGCUGUCCUUGAUGGAGAGCUUUGAGAUGCUUUCCGGUGAGGUGUGGAAGGAUCUUACGACGAGACGGGCUAUGAGAAGGGCCGCCCCAACCGCACGGUGGCAACCGCUGCCCAUUGUGUAGCUUUUGGCGCAGGCCCGGUCCCGAGGGACGAGCCCCCUCCGCUCUUCCGCAAUGCCCCGGUCACUCAGCGCCAUAAUCGUUACAACAUUAUGUUAUGUUGGAUGGAUAUAGGUGUGAUGCAACUGUCGCAACGAAGGAAGCCGCAACUGGCGCCGACGGAUCACGCAGAGGCGCAGACGCAAGAAGUUAGCACGAGACUACGAACUUUCGUUCCAUUGGUACUUGGUGAUUCUGUUUUGGUUGUUUGUUCUUUCAGCGGGGUGUCAAGAGUUUUCGGAACCCUCGGGUAACGAAUGCAUGUCUGGGUAUUCCGCACCCUGUGGAUUGCUCUCUAUGUUUGCUUCAUACUAGCUGCCUCCAUACUGAUCUUGGUUCAUCCUUGUGGUGGCCUUCCGCGGAGGAUUCCGUCUCCUUGACAAGCCAUACAUUGGUCACGGAAUCGCUCCACAUCCACUUCCAACAGACA